AAUACCUAUAAAAACCAGCUUAAACACAAAACCCUAAUUCCUUACCCUCUUUUCAUUUCCUCUGCUUCGCUGCCGCCUCUCUCACUCUCACACACCUCACGAACCCAAAAUGCCUUUCAAGAGAUACGUAGAGAUCGGGCGGGUUGCCCUCGUCAACUACGGCGAAGACUAUGGAAAGCUCGUCGUCAUCGUCGAUGUCAUCGACCAGAACAGAGCUCUUGUUGACGCUCCUGAUAUGGAAAGGUCCCAAAUGAAUUUCAAGAGGCUUUCUCUGACUGACAUUAAAAUUGACAUUAAGAGGGUUCCCAAGAAGAAGGAAUUGCUGGAUGCUAUGGAGAAAGCUGAUGUCAAGAAGAAGUGGGAGAGUAGUUCCUGGGGCAGAAAACUCAUUGUCCAGAAGAGAAGGCAAAAUCUGACCGACUUUGAUAGGUUCAAGCUUAUGUUGGCAAAAAUUAAGAGGGCUGGACUGGUCAAGCAGGAGCUAGCAAAACUGAAAAAGGAGAAUGCCGCAUAAGCGUAGUUUUAUCUGGAUUUCCCAAUUUUGUUUUGAACUUUCUGCAGUUGUACUUUUGGAUUACUAGCCUGUUUUCAAUCAAUUCAGAGUUUCACAGCAGCUUGAGUUUUUAUAUAUUUCUCACAAACUUUAAUGAUAGUCAUCUUUAUUGCUAGACGUUUCUUUUUUUAUCAAGAUGCUUAUGUAGUUUUGUCAUUUAAUCUUAAUUUGUGACUCUUUGGGUUUUCUGCUCUUCUUCAAGGUGGGGGUAUGCUUUUGUAGGGUCAUUUAUGAGGCCCAUGAUUUGUUUUAAUACUGUGAUCUGAAUUUGUGGCUUUGUUCA